GCGCGGCAGACGGUCUUCGCGCGCCGAGCUCUACGGUCGUGAUUCGACUCUGGCGAUCGACUUGUUCACUUUUUAUCUCAUAGUGUGCUCCAUAAUUCUCAAAUAAUAAACAAUUCAUCGUCAUUGUCAUUAUCUUUAUCAUAAUAUCAUUAUCAUCAAAUAUUAUUAUCGCCAUCGUUACAUUUUCUUUUUUAUUAUUAAUAAUAAAUAUCGUCAAAAGAGUUAAACGUCUUAAAACGUAAUCGUUCGUGCUUCGUAUAAGAUAUAAGGGGAAAAAAGUAUACAUACACACACACACACACACACACACACAGAGAGAUAUAUAUAUAUACAUAUAUACAUAUAUACAUAUAUAUGUAACAAUAAUAUAUGUAUAUAUAUAUGUAAUAAUAAUAUUGUCGUACGCGCCUUGGUUUUGUUGCGACGCAUUUUGUGUGAUCGAUCGAAUAUAAACAAACAAGUUUUUUUUUACAACUUCGUCCUUCAAUUCUGAUCAACGGAAAUUUUCUACGACUGUUGGGAUCAUAGAAAAUAUACGUUUGUCGUCGUUAAUCACUACGGACAUAAAAGAAAAAGAGAAAAUAAAGGAGAAAGAAGAAGAAGAAAAGAAGGUAGAGGAGAAGAGGACGAAAAAGUAGAAAAAGUAAAGGAAGAAGAGAAAGAAGAGAGAAAAGUAGAAGAAGAAGAGGAAGAAGAAGAAGAAGAAGAAGAGGAAGAGGAAGAAGAAGAAGGAGAAAAAAAAACAGUGAGAGUUUGGUGAUGUGCGCGAAAUCAACGAAACCAGCAGCAUUCACGAUGUCGUCGUUCCUCUGGAUCAUCGCCCUGCUUUAUCCAUCGAUCAUUCAAGCAGCAACAAAACCGCCAAUAAUCGACAUCGAACCAAAGGGCCAAGCUGUGGUACGUUUGGGUGAUAGUCUAAGGAUCUUAUGUACGAUGGGUUCGCCAUUGCAAAUCUGUCGCGUCGAGAUACAGGGUGAAAGCAGCAUGAUUCUCAGACCGAAUCAAUCAUCGGACGAUGGUAUCGAGUAUUACGGGGAGGGUACUAAUAAAGGACAAUGCGGUGUUCAUAUCUUAAAAGUGAAGGAACAACACAAUGGUAUCUUCAGGUGUGCAUUAACGCCGGAAGAUCGUCGUGUAGAGAGCAACGCCAGCGUUAUUAUCGUCGUUGCUAAACCACCAAACAAUCCAGAACUUCAUACAAGUCUAGGACAUUAUGGUAGAUACGAAUAUCAAAAAGGACAAAAAUUGGAGAUCAGCUGUAGUGCCUCUGGCGGACGACCACCUGCGAACGUAUCUCUAUAUCUCGACGAGGAACCACUUGACAAUGACGAAAGAUCAAUUAUCUACGAAGGCUCUAACAUGAACGAAGUAUCCAUGGCAGUACAAAAUGCUUCACGUAGCUUGGAUUGGACCGAUAAUAGCAAGACUUUAAGAUGCAUAGCCAAUCAUAUUGCCUUAGAUAAACCGAAGGAGAGUAAAAUGCAAUUGCAAGUUUAUUAUCCGCCACAGCCACAACCGGUCAUCGAACAUUUUGGAUACGUAAUUGGCCAACAGGGUACGGUAAACGUAACGGUUUACGCAAAUCCAAGGCCACGUUUCUUAUGGCGAGUAAACGGCGAGAAAAUCGAAGAAGGCCGUCCAGAUGAAAGCAAUCGUCUUGAGACUUCCACUGCCGUAGAUUUGGGUAAUGGCGCGUGGCUCGUAGUAUUAACUAUCGAUAGCGUUCAAAAGUCCGACACGCAAAAGGAAUACAUCUUGGAAGCUCACAACAAGGAGGGAGCUUACGAAUACCGUAUCGUUUUGUCAACGUCCCCAGAACCAGCAGGUGUCGAUCUCGAUGCUGGAUCAAUCAUCGGUAUCGUCGUUGGUGCUUUGGUACUGAUUCUCAUCGUGUUCCUGGUGAUUUUCGCUCGAGCAACCGGUCGCUGGUGCUUCGCAGCGAGGCGACGUGGCGACGAGGAAGCUGCCGGUGGUAUCAGCGCCGGAAGUGAGGCACACAUAACGCCCGCUGAUGACGAGGAAGAAGAUGAAGAAGACCCAAGGAUCAUCGAUGAAAAAAUACCACAAGGUGGCCAGGAAAACCCGAUCCAUGCGAGCACCGAGUACGUCAAUGGCCGUACUAACGAUUUUAAGGAUACGAAAAAGGAUGAGAAGACGGACACGCCUGUCUAAUGAUAUUUCUAAUAAUCUCGAUAAAGCGAUGAUCACCUUUAAGACAUUCCCUCGAUCGCCGGAUGCUCGAUCCUAAUACACACAAACAUACGCACGCACGCAUACACAUACACAAACUAACACACACACACACACACAUACAACGUACGCACGCAUGCACGCACAAGUACACGCUCACACAUACCCCUCUUUCCCUCUACCUCUUCGCCUCUUCCUCUUAUUCUCCUUCCUCCCCCGUCUAACCUCCUCCAUCUUUUCUCUCCUUUGUCUUUAUUUAUUUAUUUACUUUUUUUUUUUUUUAUUUUCUUCGACAACAUGAAUAAAACGA